AUGGCAGAGCAUUCGUCCAAAGGGUACAAAGAAGUACCUGUGCGCAACUCCGAAGAAUCAACAAUCGCAGAGGAAGAGAAAGAAGCAUUGUUCCUUGGUUACCGCCGAAGACAGACAUUGUACGGAGAACCUCUCAAUCCAGAGGCAGAAAAGGCUUGGGACGAGUUGAUGCCCGUUGGACGAGGCUUUGUGAAUAUCAACAAUGACACUGCACUUCCCGAUCAGCCUGGCCUGGAUCAAUCUCUCCCUCAGCAACGUGCAAUGAUUUCCGUAUUUCAUCAGCUUCAUUGUAUUUAUAUGACACGAGAGGGCUACUACGCUGCGCGAGAAGGGAACCUCGACCAAGUUAAUGCAGCUCAUCUCAUGCAUUGUUGGGACUAUCUGAGACAGGCAGUCAUGUGUAACGCGGACACAACUCUAGAAUGGCUUCCUGCGCCUCCGAAUGAUAGGGGGAGCACGGGAUGGGGCUAUGAGCAUACCUGUCGUGAUUUCGAUGCUAUUUCUCGAUGGGCGGAGGAGAAUAGGUUCAAGACGACGCAUGGAAUUCAUUGA